AGCCCGUAUGGCUCACCGAUCUUCAGUGCAAUACAGGUCCUCCAAGGGCCGCAAGAACUCUGCCCUCGAGAAGAGGGUGCACAGUGUGCAUAUCAUUGAGAGUAUUCCUAGUGAAAUCUUUUUGAAUCGCAGAAAGCAGAUGGAUACAUGGCAGCAGUACCAGGCUCAAAUGGAUUUACCCCCAGAAAAAGCCAAGCUUCUACGGCAGUAUAACGAUGAAAAGAAAUGGGACCUGAUUUGUGAUCAGGAAAAGGUCAGUGCCAAAGCGCCACCCGAACAAUACAUUGCAAGGAUUCGGAAAGUAAUGGAGCCGGGGAACACGUCCAAGGUCGGUAGUUUUAAGAGAACGAGAAGAAAGAUGUUUGACACGUCAACGCAGAAUCUUCGAGACCUGGAAAUCUCACUCAGAACAAACAACAUCCAAUGGGUAAGGGAGUUUUUGAAUGAGGAAAACCUUGGUUUAGAUGUCCUAGUUGAGUAUCUUCAAUGGCUGAAUAAAACUAUGACGCACGAGGAACAUCUAGAGACGCUACCGCCAAAGCAGAGGAGCUCGUUGAGCGUGCGAGGGUCGCGGCACGGGAAGAAGUUCUCCAUGCAGUCCCAUCUAGCCAUUACCAGAGACGACGUCCAUGUUUGUAUUAUGUGCUGCAGAGCAAUUAUGAAUUUCCAGUAUGGUUUCAACCUGGUUAUCAAUCACAAAGAAUGUAUUAAUGCAAUAGCCCUUAGUCUAAAUCAUAAAUCACCCAGAACCAAAGCCUUAGUGUUAGAGUUGUUAGCAGCUGUAUGCCUCGUCAAGGGAGGUCAUGAAAUCAUUCUCAGUGCUUUUGAUAACUUCAAAUUGGAAUGUUGUGAGGCAUAUAGGUUCCAGAAGAUGUUUGAGUAUUUCACGAGAUAUGAAGAAGCAAGUAUAGACUUCAUGGUUGCGUGUAUGCAGUUCAUCAACAUUGUUGUUCAUUCUGUAGAGAAUAUGAACUUCAGAUCGCACCUCCAGUAUGAGUUCUCAUGCCUUGGAUUAGAUGACUAUUUAGAGCAGAAGCUCAAGACGACGGAGAGUGACCGGCUCCAGGUCCAGAUCCAGGCUUACCUUGACAAUGUGUUUGAUGUUGGUCAACUCAUGGAGGACUCCGACACCAAGACCGCUGCAUUGGAGAGAGUGGCCAACCUCGAAGAAGCUUUGUAUCAGACGACAGACAGUUUACGGGUCAUGGAGGAUGCAUCGUUAGCUAAGAUUGCGGAGCUCCAGAUGGGUAUUGCUAAAAUCAGUAGAGAGUUGGAUGUUGUAAAGAAUGAAAAGCUUGAAGCGGACAAGACGAUAAAGGUCUUACAGAGCAUCCCGAGAGGUACUGGCAAUGGUACAGGUGGUGGUGGUGAUGGCAGCGGUACUGGUACCGGCGGUGGCAGUGGUGGUACCGGUGGCGGCGGUGGUACCGGUGGCGGCGGUGGUACCGGCAGCGGUGGUCCUGGUCUUGGUAAUGGUACCGGCGGACCCGGCCUUGGUAACGGUAGCAUGACGUUAGGACCGGAUGAUGACUUUCCACCACCUCCUCCUCCUCCACCUCCUCCAGCAGAAACCAAUGGAUCUGGUGAGUUUACAUGGUCUAAACAUAGUGCCCUUAUAGGAGUGAUAUUGAUCUGGGGGCCCGAUUGCAUAAAGAUUACAACACCUCCCCCUCCUCCUCCCCCACCCCUCCACCAGGUCAAGCUGGUCCUCCUGCUCCCCCUCCACCACCCAUGGGUGUACCUCCACCCCUCCCCACCUUCAGGGGCACCAAUUCCACCCCCUCCCCCUGGUAUGAUCGGCGGAGCACCAUAUGGAUCUGUAACAAUAAAGAAGAAGAUCCGAACCAAAUAUCGUCUUCCAGCACUCAAUUGGGUUGCAUUUAAACCAAAUCAGAUUGGAGGAACCGUGUUCAGUGAGCUUGAUGAUGACAGGGUUAUGGGGGAUAUUGACUUUGAUAACUUUGAGGAAACGUUCAAGACGCAGACGCAAGGCGGUGGUCUGACGGUGACGGACGGUAAGACAAAGGCAACAUUGAAGAAAGAAACCACAUCUCUCCUCGACUCGAAUAGGUUGCAAAACAUUUCCAUCAUCAGGAGAAAGAUCGAGCUCACGACGGAUCAAAUCAUCGAUGCAAUCAAGAAGACGAAUCUCGCUGCUCUUCCGAUCGAUGCAGUAGAACAGCUUCAUAGAUGUUGUCCCAAGGAUGACGAGAAGAAAGCAUUCCAGCAGUAUGAGAAAGAUAAGAAGCCCAUCAAUGUUCUCACAGAUGAGGAUAGACUCAUGAUUCAGCUGUGUAAGGUUGAUAGGCUUAGUCAACGUCUUGGUUGUAUGAUCUUCAUGGGUAACUUCACAGAUACCAUACUUUCUUUCACACCGCAACUGAAUGCAAUUACGUCAGCAUCGUUAUCCAUCAAGAACUCGAGCAGGAUCAAGAAGUUAUUAGAGGUUAUUCUAGCUUUCGGUAACUACUUGAACAGCUCAAAGAGAGGAGCGGCCUAUGGUUUCAAACUCCAAACACUAGAUACGAUCCUUGACACAAAAUCAGCUGACCGUAAAAUCACCCUGCUUCACUACAUCGUGCAGACCAUCCAUCAGAAAUUCCCUGAUGUUGCUAGUUUCCAUGACGAUCUCCAGUACAUUGAGAAGGCAGCAGCAGUCUCACUGGAGAAUCUGAUAGCUGACAUCACGAGUCUGAGCCAUGGUAUCACGCUGUGUAAGAGAGAGUAUGCCCAGCAGAGCGAUAAUACCAUCCUCAGAGAUUUCUUGCUGAACAAUGAGGAGAAAGUCCGGAAACUGGAGAUGGAUCUCAAGAAUGCAAAGGAUGCAUUCAAUGAAGUCGUUGGUUAUUUUGGGGAGAAUCCCAAGACGUUACCCCCUAGUGCCUUCUUUGCCCUCUUCCAUCGGUUCUCAGCUGCAUUCAAGAAAGCAGAGGUCGAGAAUGAACAAAGGAAAAAACUCCAGCUGGCCCAGAAGAACACGGCAGCUAACAUCGCAGCUGCUCAGAAAGUUAGGAAAGACAAACAAAAUCAGGCCGCAGUAGUAGCCGAGCUCGAGACAAGGUAUAGGAACAAGGAGAAAGGCCCCAAAGAGGUCUCGGAUGGUGCUAUUGAAAAUAUCAUCUCAGAUCUGAAAAACGAGCCAUACCGACGUGCCGAUGGCAUACGGCGGAGUCUCCGGCGUAGGCAGGUGGAACGACCGACCAUCCUAGCUGACGAGAUGGUCAUCUAGACUAAUGGAUGGAGCACUUGACCAGCACAGAGCACUGACCAGUAUAUUAACCAGCUAGUAUCCGGAAAUAUACAUUCUCGUGCCAAAACAACAACAAAAUAUAGCACCAAGAAGGCAAUUUGUAGAGUCUUUGGCACAAUUGACCAUCCUUGCUGACAAUAUGAUCAUUUACAGGUAGCUUGAUGGUCAUAGGUCGUGACCGGCACAAGGCACUUACCACUAAACAGUAUUUAUUUGUUAGAUAUGGGUCAUGACCAUUCUGGCGUUUUCCUGAACGGACAGAUAUCUUCCAGCAGACACUUGAUGUACUGCGUCUGCUUCACCAGAAGAAGAGCCACAUCUUCAACACUCAAAGGCAGUCCAAGGCUCGAUAAUACAAAGGUUUGUGAUGGAUCGCAAGUAUGGAAGAACUUCUCUGCUUGGCUCCAGCUCAGUAGUUUGAGUGAAAUUCGCCUUCAAUUAUGAUCGUGAUUGGCCGUGGCAAUUUAGCGAUUGACUAAAAAUCUUCGCGCUUCAGAGCCUUGAAUUCCACCAGACCUUUAAUGUAAAAGAUUUGCCACCAACGACAUCAAAGUUUUUGUCAGCUCUUGAAUGCCAUAUCUAAUAGAUUUCCGACCACUUUGAGACUGGCUCUUUUGACGAAUCCAGCACAUUUCUCACUAACAAUGCUAAGGUUUUGAGUUUAUGAUAUAUAUACUUGUAAUUGAGGAGCAUGCAUCAUACAUAUACAAUUUAAAUCUCUCCAUAUAUAUCACAUUUUGUCAACCAUUCAUUGAAAAAAAGGUGACCUUUAUCUCUUGCCAUGAAUUGGAAGAGGAAGAAGAGAGAUUGUUUUUUGUACCAAAUCAGGUAGUAUAAUGGUAGAUGUGUAGAUAUCGUGCAUAAAGCAAGAUUAGAAACUAGACUGUAGUGUGCACAUCUCUUCUAGAUCGUAUGCUGAUUGCGUAAUCUUUCACAAUGCCUAUCUGAUGAUGGUUGAGGGCAGCAUUUCCUUAAAAAAAACAAUAUAGACAGUUCUUUCUUUGAUUUCAAUGGGGUAAUGCACCCAUUUUCUUGUUCUUAAUGAGGGUCGAAGGUCAUGACAUGGGGUAGAAAGGUCAGGACUUGGGGUGAAAGGUCAUGGCCUGACAUCUGCAGUCGGUCAGUGGUGUUAUGUAAUUGGUCAGUUGAUGAAAUGUGAGUGGACAGUGAUGAUAAAUACUAAUCAUGAUGAAGCUCAGGCUACUUUCAAGAGAGAAAGAUAGAGACAAAGAUUAAAAUCACAAUGUAAAUCUUAUUAAAGAAGUUGAAAACCAAUGUACAUGUAUAAUUGAACAUUGUCUAUACAGCACCUACAGCAUAAAUAUCGUGUCAAAAUUGUGUAGCCGUGCACAUCAAUAUUUUCUACUAUCUUUUCUGUUUUCUUACAUAUUGAAAAAAAAAGAUUAUGAUAAAAACAGGCAAAUUUUCCAUAUAAAAUGGUCAGAGACUGGUACAUUAAGGCAAAUAUAGCAAAAAUGUGAACAGUCUCUUAUAAGUAUAAUUUCAAAAAGGGUGAUUAAUAUCAGGCCCACUACAUAAAUUUGCACCUCUAUCAUUUUGUAAUUCAUGCAUAAAGAUGACCAAAUUGUUAUGAAUAUUCAUGAAAAUAUGUCCAAUAGUUUCUUUUAAUACCUUAUGAUGUUUAGUAUGAAUUCAAUAGUUGCUUCAGAAUCAGAAAGACUCUUCACAUCUUUACAAACUAUGCGUCCUUCUGAUUCUCAAGCAACCACUUAAAGUAUGAUUGCUUCCAAAUGGGAGAGCUGAUGAACGUUAAUAUUCUUUUUUUAUAGUGAUAAAUAAUUUUUUAUAUAUGAACAAAGUAUAUAUAAACAACACAAAUGUAUAUAGAAAGGAUGAAAUUGUGAAGAUUUUCUAUUUAUGAUUGAUAAUCUGCUUGCAGACGCGAAGCAAUUCUAUAAGACAUUAUUUUUGUGUCUUUGGGUUUGUUUUUUAUAUUUUAUAUAUAUGUACAGCCAACUGCUGUGUUCCGCAACUCAGAGUGCAAAGCUCGGAGGUGUUUUGUGUUUAACAUGUAAAAACAUUGGGCAAUAUAACAUUCUAAGUUUAUUGAUUAUUGUAUGAAUAGUUUGUUUUCGUCAUUAUUUAUAUCUAUUUUCGAAUGAUUAUGAUUUUUUUUUGUAGCUGUUGACGAUGGACUUGAUGAAAAUGUUUGCAUUUUUUUUAAUUUCUUAACCGUUUGCCAUCCAUUUCACCUCAUAUUCAAUAAAACACAUAUCUCUCUAGUAUAUGUAUAUUAACUAUUCACCAAUUAAAGACACACCUUCAAUAUAAAUAUAAGGUGUUGAAAGACUUCAUAACUUGUGAUUAUGACAUAAUAUCCUUGUUUUAUAUAUCAAAAUAUGACAAUGGUGUCAAUAAAAUUUUACCCAGAGUUCACGUAUAUCUUUAGGCAUGAAAAGUCACUUUUUGAUUUUCUUUUCCUAAAAUUCUGCCAUUUUGCAGGAAUUGCAGAUGAACUGAAAUUUCUUGAUGUCUUUGUAGUAUCUUAGUAGCAGUAUGUUGUAAAGGAAGUGCUGUGAGAAUGCCUUUGUAAUGUAAGCAACAAGCUAGAGACCAAAUUUAAGAAGAAUCUUGUAAUAUUUUGAUGCGCAAAUCACAGUUCUUGCACUUCAUUGUGUUAAACGAAAAUGUAUUACGACAAUCAUUUAAUUUGUAGCUUUAGUUGUACUUGCAUUUUAAGGAGUUGUGAUCAACUACAUGUAGGGCACAAUUUAAACUUGCAAAAUAAAGUAUAGCCUGUAAUAUUAUGUAACAGAACAGGUUCAAAUUAUUUUAAAGCUAACACAUUUUUUCUUCUCAUAACAUAGGUAUUCUUUUAUACAAACUUAUAUCUAUGAUGCUGAUAUUUGCCCCGUACACUUAUACUACACACAUUAAAUUUGUACCUCUUUUUUUUCUUCUAUCUUUAAGUUUAUUUAUUUUCCUUUUACAGUGCAAAACAAGACUAGUUCUUUGCCCAUUAUGAAGAUAAUUUGACACAGAUCUGAAAUGUCAACUUGCCACUUUAUUUGUAAUAUUAACUCAUUUUACCACACAAUAUACCCUGAGGUGUUAUUUUUUUUUAAGAAAAGCAGGAGUUCUUGACAUUCCAGCCUCUCUAUUUUUUGCCAUUUGAUGUUGAAAUUAAGCAGACAGCACACAAAUUGUCAUUUUGUUAACUUUGAAUAUGAAAUAAAAUACUAAAAAAAAGAAACAUUUCACUUAAGGAAUGAAUACUUUCUGCAGACAUUCUGAUUGAAAUGUUCUUUAAGCAGAGCUUUUUCUUUUAUUAACACUCAAAUUACUAUAAAUGGGUGAUUUUAUAGAACCCUCCCCCACCCCAAAAAAGAUAAAUUACAAUAACCUUUUGUUAGAAUAUACACGAGGUAAGUAGGAAAAUCCUAGCACUGAAAAAAAUGUUUAAAAUAUCAGCUGUAUGACCCCUGAGUACUAAGCCUCGUGCUUUAUUGUGCCUUAUUAAGAUUGAACUCCUUGUGCUGUGUAUCAUAUAUAUUAUCCAGCAGAAUAAAUCAAAUAUAUAAAUAUUCGAAAAAUAAUGCACUAUUCAUUUCACAUAGCUGUAUUGGGGUUGGUAAUAAGGGGCACAUACUGUUUGUAGCAAUUCUUAAGGAUAAUGACCAAUGAAUUCCAACAUGUUUAUCCAUUUUCAUGUUCAUGUGCACAUUUCAAUGGAUGAGCUGGUUUUCAGAUAUCAUUAAGUUAGGUUGCUACUUUUACAGUGUUUUGAAUUACAGCACUUUCUUAUCUGCCUUUAUUU